GUGGGGAGGACCGGAAGUCCGGGGGCCCUGGUUUGGAGACACGUGGUGCAGUGUGUGUCUGUGAUUGAGAGUCUGCUCCGGGGACAAGGAGCGGUGCAGAAUGAGGCCAGGGUUUUCUCCACGUGGCGGUGGAAGGGGUGGUUUCGGAGGCCGAGGGGGUUUCGGAGACCGAGGUGGUUUCGGAGACCGAGGUGGUUUCGGAGGCCGAGGUGGGAGAGGAGGCCGAGGUGGUUUUGGAGGUCGAGGUGGGAGAGGAGGUGACCGAGGAGGCAGAGGUGGUCGAGGAGGUUUCUGGUCGCCUGGAGGCAGAGGCCGGGGCGGUGGCAGGGGGAGAGGAGGGUUCCGCGGUGGAACCAAGGUCACGGUGGAACCACACAGGCAUGAGGGUGAGUAUGAGCCAUGGUACUGGCACCCAGGGGCUGCCUUGUCGGGGGCACUGGGGAGGAGUGGGAGUGCCCUGUCAGGGGGCACUGGGGGGGAUGGGUUACAGAGCCUCCGCCCAGAUUCCUGA